AUGCCUCGUCCGGCCAAUCGCGAAGAAGUCCUCGCGCGACUUCGCAAGACAGUUGCCGAUGGCUCCAUCAUCGUCGGAGCCGGUGCAGGAAUUGGCUUAUCUGCUAAGUCAGUCGAGGAAGGCGGCGCCGAUCUAAUCCUGGUCUAUAACUCGGGCCGAUUCCGCAUGGCUGGCCGCGGUUCUCUGGCCGGGUUAAUGCCCUACUCAGAUGCUAAUAAAGUUGUCGUGGAAAUGGCUUCAGAGGUUCUUCCCGUCGUGGAAAAUACCCCUGUUCUAGCCGGAGUUUGUGGCACUGAUCCCUUCCGCGAGAUGCCCUCUUUCCUCGCGGAACUCAAGCGUAUCGGCUUCGUUGGUGUACAGAACUUCCCCACGGUCGGGCUGAUUGACGGCCAAUUCCGGCAGAACCUCGAGGAGACGGGAAUGGGUUUCGACCGUGAGGUGGAGAUGAUCGCAGAGGCACACAAGCAAGGGCUCGUGACGACCCCUUACGUCUUCGAUGAAGAUGACGCGAUCAAGAUGGCUAAGGCGGGCGCGGAUGUCGUAGUCGCUCACGCGGGACUCACGACCUCUGGUUCGAUCGGAGCGCUGAGCGGUCGAUCGCUGGAGGAUUGUGUGGGUUUCGUACAGGGUAUUCGAGAUGCAGCUGUGCGAGUCAAUCCGGAUAUCCUGGUGCUAUGCCAUGGUGGUCCAAUUGCGCGACCGUCGGACGCGGAGUAUGUGCUAUCCAGGACUGUGGGGGUGCACGGGUUUUUCGGGGCGAGUAGUAUGGAGCGGUUACCGGUAGAGAUUGCGAUCAAGGAGAACGCGAUGGAAUUUAAGCGAUUAAAGGUCCGGUUGGAGUGA